UUUAUUUUCUCAGGACUUGUAGGAGUGGUGGACAAGGAGGAUGUAUCAUAGAGCUCUUGCUAAUUACUGUUGGAACUUUCUGGAGAGAGAGGGAGUUUGAACCGGGACACUGGGAGAGAAGGCUGCAUUGUGUCACCUCAGAGACAAAUCACAUGCUGGGACGUUUGAAGUAUAUUUUUGUCACUGGUAGUCCGGACCCUUCAUUUCGCCACCAAACUGGAUUUUAUUUUCUUCCUGGGAGAAACAGUCACGACUGCUGUGUCUGUUUUGUGUUUCUGUGAACCGGACCCUGCCGUGUUAUUGAGUGGGAGCUCCAAACAUGUUAUUGUUCUCACACAAAUGAUGGGUUGGAAUGGCACACGGCAGACACGAGGUGUACUCCUGUCAGGAUAACAGCCAGGCUGCCGCCGGACUGGAAUUUGAUCUUCACACUUAAGCCCUCGACCUGCUGCGAUCAUGCUGGACAAGAAACGACUGUGACUGCAUUUGUGAGACUCGUAUUGUCUCCGCCAAGUCUUAUUCAGAGGAGUUGUGCCUGAAGGAGAAACAUGUGAUAUAUAGUGUGUGGGAGGAUCACCCAGAUAGACUGAAAUAUGCAGCUGUAGAAAGACACAUGGAGGCCUUUAUUAUUAUAACUGUGGCAUAUAUUUAUGAGAAACCCUGCUGGAAUCUGUUAAGAAGGAUAUUAGAGAAUGUUCAGUGAAUCUGGAUUUCAUCUUUUGUGAUUACACUUCUGAAUUCUUUUUGUAGACAGUGCAGAUGUAAGAACAAAAAGCCCAAUUUGAGUCAUUACCUCCUACAUGCUGUUGUCACACUAUUAUUAGAUAUUGUGUUACCCAGUCUUGGGAAGUUAGUUUUGCUUCAUCCUGCAGCAGAGGAAUAAUUCAGCUUGUGGUUUAUCUGUCUUGUGUCUGUAUCCUGUCUGUGGCAGGAUGGAGACGUAACAGGCAAUGUGAUGUCAGCGCAAACACAGCACUUUCAUACUAACUUGACAGUGCUCGGUUCAAAGUACAAACUCUGCUGUGAAGGCAGGAGUGUAAAAUCAGUGUACAAGUGUUCAAGUCACAUUUCACUGUUGCUGGUUUCUCACGUAUCUUUCAUCCAUGUGACUGGAAGACACACAUUUUCCAAAAGAAGCAACCCGAGUAAACAGUUAGUCAGAGACGUUCUGUGCUUGGUUUUAGUGGUGGUGUGUCUCCAGUGUCCCCGUGAUCCUCCAGCUUGUCCUGGGUGUUUCUGGAUCUGUGGGGACUUACAUCUGGACUCCACUGUGUUCCUGGAGUUUGCAUCAGUGGAAUGUUCGGCCAUCUGUAUCUCCAGAUGUGUCUGAAUGCUGGAACGACACCAGUGUACUGUGAUUGACACACAAACGCGCACUGAGGGACCUUAAUACAUCCACACAACUCAGGCACACAGAAAAAUCUGAACUGAUCAAUGGAGUGUGUGUGCAGGCAGACAGCUGGGCUCCAUGAAGAUCACACCCAUAAUGAGAGUCCUGUACUGACCUCCUCCUAUACUUCACAAUUAGAACUGGGCCGCAUUGAUGGAGGUGCAGGCAAUUAUGACAUAGUGAACAAUGCAGUGAUCUCAACACCAGGGCCACAAAACCACAGAGCCCAGAAUGUGUCAUUACGGCAAAGCUGGGAGAUGAACUACCAGGAGGCAGCCAUCUACCUACAGGAAGGAGAGAACAAUGAUAAGUUCUUCACGCACCCUCGGAACCCAAAGGCACUGGCAGCGUACCUGUUUGCACACAACCACCUGUUCUACAUGAUGGAGCUGCUGACAGGCCUGAUGCUGAUGAUGCUGUCGCUGUGCGAAGCUCCCGCCGUGCCCUCGCUGCGCCUGGAUGUUUACGUCCAUGCUACCCUGGAGCUGCUGGCUCUGGUGAUGGUGGCGUUCGAGCUGUGCAUGAAACUCCGCUGGUUAGGCUUCCACACCUUCAUACGACACAAGAGGACCAUGGUGAAGACGUGCGUGUUGCUGCUACAGUUCGUGGAGGCCAUAGUGGUUCUCAUCAGACAGACGUCUCACGUGCGAGUGACCAGAGCUCUCAGGCCAAUAUUCCUGGUGGACUGUAGAUACUGCGGAGCUGUGCGCAGAAACUUGCGUCAGAUCUUCCAGUCCCUCCCACCUUUUAUUGACAUCCUCCUGCUGCUGCUUUUCUUCAUGGUUAUAUUUGCUAUCUUGGGUUUCUGCCUCUUCUCUCCAAACACUGCUGACCCCUACUUCAGCACUCUGGAGAACAGCCUCGUCAGUCUGUUUGUGUUGCUGACCACAGCAAAUUUCCCCGAUGUGAUGAUGCCAGCGUACUCCAAGAACCGCUGGUCCUGUGUCUUCUUCAUUGUUUACCUUUCCAUAGAGCUCUACUUCGUCAUGAACCUGCUCCUGGCUGUCGUGUUUGAUACAUUUAAUGAUGUAGAGAAGAUGAAGUUUAAGUCCCUUUUACUUCACAAACGCUCCGCUAUUGACCACGCCUUUCAGCUGCUAGUUAGCCGGCAGAGGCCGAUGGGCGUGUCGCUGAAACAGUUUGACGGCCUGAUGCGGUUUUACAGACCCCGGAUGUCUGCAAGGGACCGCUUCCUCACGUACAAAGCUCUGAACACCUCCGGGGCUCCGAUGCUCAGUCUACAGGACUUUUACAAGUUCUAUGAGGUCACUGGCCUUAAAUGGAAGGCACGACGAAGUGGAGAGCAUUGGUUUGAUGAUCUUCCUCAUACAACCUUCCUCAUUUUUAAAGGGAUCAAUCUGCUGGUGAAGUCUAAGGCUUUCCAGUAUACCAUGUAUGUGGUGGUGGCCGUUAACGGUGUGUGGAUCCUUGUGGAGACGUACACGCUGAAUAGUGGAUUUUCCUGGUCCAGAAUUGUUCCCUGGAGUUACAUUGUUUUUCUGACCAUUUAUGGCGUAGAGGUGUUAUUGAAAAUAACAGGUUUGGGGCCAAUGGCUUAUAUCACCAAUGGGUGGAAUCUGUUUGACUUCUCUGUGACGGUCUUUGCCUUCCUGGGCCUCAUUGCCCUUGCAUUCGAUAUGGAGCCAUUUUACUUUAUUGUGGUGCUCAGACCAUUUCAGCUGCUACGGUUGUUUAAGAUAAAGCAGCGGUAUCGUAAUGUGUUAGACACCAUGUUCGAGCUCUUCCCAAGAAUGGCCAGUCUGGGGUUGACCCUAAUCAUCUUCUACUACUCCUUUGCAAUUGUGGGAAUGGAGUUUUUUGCAGAUGUUGUCUACCCCAACUGCUGCAACACCAGCACCGUGGCAGACUCCUACAGACAGAUCAACGUCACAUAUGGGAACAAAACAGUGUUGGAAGAGGGCUACUAUUAUCUCAAUAACUUCAACAAUAUUCUCAGCAGCUUCGUGACUCUAUUUGAACUGACUGUGGUCAAUAACUGGUACAUCACCAUGGAAGGAGUAACCUCUAUGACGAGCCACUGGAGCCGUCUGUACUUCAUGACCUUUUACAUAGUUACCAUGGUGGUGAUGACCAUCAUUGUGGCCUUCAUUCUGGAUGCGUUUGUGUUCCGAAUGAACUACAGCCGCAAGAACCGGGAACCAGUGGAGAACCCAGAGGAUGAGAACAGGAUCGUGUUUGAAGUAGAGGUGAGUCGAGAUGAAGCUCUGGCCACACUAGAGCUGUACAAACAGACAUGUCCAGGACAGUCGUCCCUCAGCUCUCUACAGGGAGUCCUGCAAACUAUGGACAGGAGCGGCCACUCCUCUCUAGUGUACCUAGGCCGCAGGUCGAGGACGAAGAGUGACCUCAGCAUGAAAAUGUACGAGGAAGAGAUGCAGGAGUGGUUUGCAGAGUAUUCAAGGGAAAGCCUGCCUCAGCUAGACCAAAGCCCAGAGCGGGAUCUGGACAUUCCCGACUCUAACCCGUCACCCUUCCCAGAGCCUCAGCUCAACUCACAGACUGGACCUCACAGCAUCAACUAACGCACAGUUUCUUAGUGGUACACUCACACCUCCAUCUCAGCAUUUUUUUAAUGCUAAGAAACCCCAUCACUCCUGGUCUUCUCCUGGUCGCCCCACAUUCACUGUUUGCCACAGUGGGAAACUUGUUCUGGGCCUUUGGGACUGAACUGAGAUGAGUCAAUGGCGGCUCCUCCCUAAGGCCAUCACUUCAUAUAGAGAGACAGCAGUGUGUUGUUCUGUUGAUCUGUUGAUCUGUUGUCUGUUGCUCGGACGGGAGCGUUGAGCGUUGCCCUUUUUUCGGCCCUUUCAAAGACUGAAGCAAAUGUAAUGAGGGAGUCUCGUCUACUACAGUAUGUUGUGUUCAUGUACUGCUGUAGGCCUUUUGUAACCUCGUGUUUCAUGUAGAUCUUAAACCUGAUGCCUUAGUUUAAUGGCUCCUCUGAACAGUAUUGACACAGACACUACUACGUUGUCUAAAGACCAAAAGUAUAAAGACUCACACUCCUUUUAGCUCUAAACCGUUAAGGUGUAUCUCCGAACUACGUGUAUUCACAACUCAAGGUGUUUUAUAUAACUUCCUAUUCUGUAAUGUAUUUCAGUUAGUUAAUAAGGGAUUUUAAUAAACUGCUCAAAUUGUCAA